AUGGUUCGAUUCAAAUAUAUUUUCUAUACUAUUCAUUUAAUUUUAAUAACAAAUUUAAUUAAAUCCCAAACAAUAUGUCUUAAUAAUUCAUUUAUUACAUGUGAUUGCAAAGAUAAUCAAAGUUCUGUGACUUGUAUUGAAAAUUCUCCAAGUAAUAACACGUUUAUCGAUUGGUCAACACUAUCGCCUUCUACACAUCCAUAUUAUAAAUUUUAUUUCAUUAAUUUUACACGUUUAACAUCAUUUACAUUUACAAAAUUUUCCUUAACAUUUCUUUCACCUGAACAAAUAGAUUUCAGUUUUAUCAAUGGAAUUGAUGAAAUAGCAAGCGAUAUCUUUUAUCCAUGGGAAUAUUUUCGAAAUAUAUCAGUUCGUAUUGAAUUUCAAUCACCCAGAAAUUUUCGACUUGCUGAUAAUGCUUUUAAAAUUCAAUUACGAAAUUGUUCUUUAACAAACAUUGAUCCUCUUAUUGAAAGUCUCGUUCCUCAAUCUGUAACUCGAUUAGUUUUAACAUUCAAUAAUAAUUUAAUUGAAGAAAUCAAAUCAAAUAUUUUUACAAAUUUAACACAUUUACAUGGUAUUGAUUUAUCAUAUAAUCAAAUAAAACAUAUUUCAUCUGAUGCAUUUCUUGGUAUGCAUUUAUCUGUUUUAACAUUAUCACAUAAUCAAUUACAAUCACUUGAAACUUCAACAAUUCAUAAUGAAUUAACAUCAUUUUUAUACCCAAUAGCUCAAACGUUAACUGAAUUAAGUUUAACAAAUAAUUUUCUGCAUGAUUUUAAUCCAAUACGAAAUCUUUCGAAUUUAACCAAAUUAUAUUUAUCUAAUAAUAAAAUUGAAAAUUUAGAAGAAAAUUCAUUUCAAAACACAUAUAAACUUUUUGAACUUGAUUUAAGUUCGAAUCAUAUUAAUUCAAUUCAUCCAUUUACUUUUAAUAAUACAACAUCAUUGCUAAUUUUGGAUUUAUCGUCAAAUUUAUUUUCUUCUUUAGAAACAACUAACGUAAUAUAUGAUGAAGAUUUUCAACCUAGAAAUGUUACAAGUUCAUUUCUUGAUUAUAUUUCAUCAAAUCUUCUUAGUUUAUCAUUAGUAAAUUGUACAAACCUAAUGGAAAUUAAUUGGUUUCUAUUUACAAGAUUGAAAGCAGUAUAUUAUCUAGAUCUUUCAGCAAUACCAAAAACAGAUCAUUUUUGGUUUUAUCAACCAAGAGAUAAUUCAUCUACACUAUCAAAUAAUCAAUCAUCUGCUUUAGAAAUUCGUCUGAAUAAAAUUCAAUUUCAUAAUGAUGAUUAUUGUUUAGCAAAACCAUUAUUUCACAUUUUAAAUCCAAGAUUUCUACGUAUUGAUAAAGAUCAUCCAUGUAAUUGUUUUGUAUUCAUGUUCGUCAAGAUAUUUCUUGAACAUCCAACUUGUUUAUCCAAUCAAUCAAUUGUAGAGCAAUUAACUCAACAAUGUAUGAAUAUUGAUUCAUAUUGUUUAAAUUUGACAAGUACUACAACUACAGUAUCUACUCAAUCAACUUCAUUAUCAUCAUCAACAUCAGCAGCAGCAGUAAUAAAAGAAGAUCAGAAAUGGAAAAUAAUAUUAGCAAUAAUGAUUCCUUUAACAAUUAUUCUUAUUAUUUGUUUAUCUAUAGCUGGUAUUUAUAUUGUUAGAAUACGAAAAGCAAACAAGUCUAAGGAAAUAGUUGAAAUGCAAGGGGGAUUUGAAAAUAAACUAUCUAGAAAAUAA